AUGGCGAGACGAACCGGCCUCAGAAAUUUGGACUUUCCAAGGUGCAAGUGUUGGCCAAGCAAGUAUGCAAGCCAGUAUGGCAUCAGAUGCUUCAGGAUUUUUGAGUACGUCCCAGAUCCUACGGACAAGUCUCGGCCGUGGAAGCUUUGGGCGCCUGCGGAGUGGAAGGUUCCAAAGCUACUGCGUUUCUCCGCAUUAUUGAUUCCCACCAUGGAUUCAUGCCGCGCUGAGUACAUGAUUGAUGUCAUUGCGAAGCAGGAGAUGACGAAAAUACCUCCAAACUACAGGUCAUCACUCCUGGUGGGCUCUGCAGGAACUGCAAAGACGUCAACAGCCAAGAUGUUUCUCAACAAGUAUCCUUUGGAUGUCAUGCUUUCCAAGCGCAUCAAUUUCAGCAGCGCCACGACGCCGCUUGGCCUUCAGCGGGCAAUCGAAGGAGAAGUUGAGCGCAAGACCGGGAAGACUUUUUGCCCGCCCGGAGGCAAACAGCUGACGGUCUUCCUGGACGAUGCAUCAAUGCCGCUGGUCAACAAGUGGGGGGACCAGGUGACUAAUGAGCUGACCCGGCAGCUCAUUGAGUUCAGUGGCUUCUACUUUCUUGAUCGAGACAAGCGGGGCGAGUUCAAGAAGAUCGAACAGCUCAAGUGCCUCCGAGAGCUGCCAGAGGAAGUUUCUGCAAACGCUACGAUGAAGUAUGCUGAAGCUGCUGUGAAUUUUCUCGUAGAUUCUGCCAUGAUCUCUGUUUUGAACGACAACUAUGAGUUUUGUGACCUUGCGACCAUGCCAAAUCCCCUCCUUCCAAAUGGGGGCGCCUGGUGCAAUGGUACACUGCAAGGUAUAAUCGAUCAAUUGGAUUAUAUUGAUGGCAUGGGCUUCGAAUGCAUCUGGAUUACUCCCGUUGUCAAGUCCUUGGAUUACACCGGCUAUUACGCUGAAAAUUUCUUCGACGUUGACCCGCACAUCGGAACGAAGGAAACGCUUCGUGAGCUUUCCAGAGAGCUGCACAAACGUGGCAUGUGCCUCAUAGUGGAUAUCGUUGCCAACCAUGUUCGGCCGUUGGUGGUGCAGUCUGACUGGAGUCCACAAGCCUUGAAGACCUACUUGGGUCCUGCAGGCAUUGUCCCCUUUGACAAAGAGGAAUAUUUUCACACAUAUGGCAAAUCACCGGCAACUCUCUUCAGAGACUACGUGCUUGGCGGGGUCGCCCAGGCUUCUCAGAGUCAAGGAAGUGACAAGGUGCUUGCUUCCAGGGUGAAGCAGGGACUGACUACAUGUGGCUACAAGAACAUGAACCUCACGGAGUGCAACUGUUUUCCGGGCAACGGAGGUCCUGAUUGCCCAGGUGACAAUGAACAAUUGCAACUUGAAGGCUGGUUCGGACAGCUGGCUGAUCUCAACCAGGACAACGAGUUCGUCCGUCAAAUGCUGCUGAAGUACGUCAAGUACCUGGUAAAAGAGUAUGAUGUGGACGCAUUCCGUCUCGACACUGCCAUCUAUAUGCCCAAACAUUUCUUGAAGGACCUGCAAGAAGCAGCAGGUGUUGACAUCCUGGCUGAGACCACCGUGAAUAACAUAAGUUAUCAUGCCGAGUUUCAGGAAGUCUUGACAGGCCUGCUGAACUUCCCCGCCUUUUACCAGGUGCAUGCAAGCUUUUGCCAGUACCACUUGGGCGGAGAUUUGGGAAGCUAUCACCUGCAAGGCGCCUUUACGCCUGAGCUUCCUGACCUGAGGAAACUGGCAGCCAUUUUGCGCUACCAGUCAACUCCGGGCCUCUACAAAAACCCGGAUAUGCUCGGGAAUUUUGCUGACAAUCAUGAUGAGUUCGCGCGCAUAGCCUUUUACUGUGAUCAUGACUCCUAUCGAAUCCGGAAUGCAUUGGCGCUUCUCUUCUUCGCGCGUGGAACACCCAUUGUCUACUAUGGAACCGAGCAGGGCCUCAGCGGUCACCAAGCAAAUGUGCUGGAGAAAGCUGCACUAAAGAAGCAAGGCCUCCAGGACAAGGGCCAGGCUUUUGUCAGAGAAUCCAUGUGGCAAACCCGGUUCAACACGUCAACUUGGCAGUAUCAGUACAUCAAGCAGUUGAAUGCUAUCCGUAAGGAACACGGCAUUGAUGGACGUGGAAAUCAGGAGUAUGUCUCUGCAGAUUGGAAUCACCUGAUCGUGAAACGAUUCCCCCCCGGAGGUGGGUCGCCGGUGUGGCUGUUUGUGAACAACAACCAAAACUGGACUGGGGAGUCGCCGUUUCUGUAUUGCCCCGCGCCGCAUGACGAAGAAUAUUGGUAUGAUGCUUUCACUUGGCAACGAGCUUUCCUUCGCCAUGGCUGCUUCAUGGCGGAGGACACCAAACCAAAGCUGCUUGUUCGGGGAUCCAGAUUCACGCUGGUGAAAGUCGUGGAGCACUUCAGCCAUCCAAAGCACGUUUGGUCCUUGUGGGUCGUCCUCACGCUGCUUUGCUUGACCAACUUGUUCUUCUGCUGGAAAUGCCGGCGCCUUUCUGCGAAGAUCCAUGCCUACGACGACAAGUUUGACUCAAACGAUGACCUCAUUGGGUGGCACAGGUCAAAGCCGCGGCAGAAGAUUGGGAAAGGCGAUGAGACGCGCAAGCGAAAUGUUGAGUUUGGUUCGCAAUUCAGCGUUUUGUCAGAAACGCCGCUUCGAGAAGUGCAUGGUUUCCUCUUUGAUUUUCCGGGGGAGCCUGAGUCCUGGGAUUCGUUGCGAAUACAGGACCAGAAGUUUGAUGGCAAUCGAGUCAGACGAAGAGAAUCUAUGGGGCUGGACGAAGAGCGGGUCUUGAUCAUCUCGCGCCGGCCCGACCUAUCGAUUUAUGCCUGCAAAGGAAAAGCCGUAUCCAGGGGCGAGUUUGCUUGUGCUCAGAAGCUUGGGGGUCUCUUGGACAUCCCCAAUCGGUUGAAGUCCAAAUUCUUCUCGUUCAACAUGGUUCUGCCCUCCACGGUGAGUGCUGACAACAUUUAUGGAAAUAUUCUUCGUGCCCGAUUCAACGCGAAGCAAGGCACCAGUCCAGGCAUCCUCUCGCUCACUCGCAACGUCACAUCCGCCACGAUCGGUGUUUGGACAAAGGUGCAGAAGGUACUGCUGCCAACACCUUCAAGGUGGCUGGGCUGGAUUGACAACUUCAUCUGGUUCCACUACAUCUUCAAUCUGCGCGAACUCAGUCGCGUCUUUCAGGUGGAUCUUUUGUCUUGUGAAUUUGUGAUUGUGGACGAAGAGAGGUUCGUGUCGCUCUGGAGGCACGAGUGCACGCGCGUUUUUGCCGACAAGCUGUCCCGCGAGAAGGAGUUUCUUAGUGACAAGCCUCCAGCUACAGAAGAUGAUGAGGAUCCUGUUGCCCCGAAGGUGUACGAGCCUGUUCAGUCUCUGUCUCACGUGUCCAGGAAGGCAUACGAAUACCUGGCAAGGUUCAACCAAAAGAAUCAGGCCAAGGCCAUGAACCUCGUCUUGUUUGAGGAUGCUAUGAUGCAUCUGAUGCGUAUCAAUCGAACCAUUCGACAAAAGCGUGGCAACGCCAUGUUGGUCGGAGUUGGCGGAAGCGGCAAGCAGUCACUGACACGCCUGGCGGCGUUCAUUUCUGGGCACUACUUGUUCCAGAUUACCAUCACCAAGACCUACAGACAGGGCCUUGGUUUGCAGCAUGGCCCAGGUGACUACCGAUGCAUGUUGCCAAUAUCCUGCACUGCGGCACCCCGUCUGGACUCUUUAUAG